AUGAAGAAAGAUAAAAAGAAAACCAAAAUCCCAACUGAUGUUUACCCAAUUCAGACAUUGGUGAACAUGUCACGUAAUCCAAGUCGACCUUCGUCAUCAGAAUUGGUGGAACUUCAUGUUUUUUAUGUUCCUGAAGGAUCAUGGAACUAUAAAUUAAAUACCAUUUCAAAAGAAGUUGUUAACAAGUUCAUUUCAGCUGGAUUUAUAAGAGUAUCUCCUCAACUUACUUUGCAAGCCCUGAGGGAGCGUCUUAGUGAAUUCCUUGGAGAAGAUGCUGUUGCAGAAAAAUUUUUAUUUCUGAAAUGUAUAGGAAAUAAUCUAGCUGUGGUGAAGGUAAAGCAAGAAUCAGAACUGAAACUCAAAUCAUUUGCUCCUCCAUAUGCUCUUCAACCAGAAUUAUAUUUGCUUCCUAUUGUGGACCAUUUAGGAAAUAUUUACUCAGCCUCAUCCACUGUUUCAUUAGAUGGACAGCAGACUAAUAAUGCUGCUGCUGAGGAAGAUGGAAUUGUCCAGAGUCCGCUCAGUGAGAUUUUGUCAAAGGAAGAGCCUGGAACAGAUCCCAGUUUGUUAGAAAACACUUUGAAAGUACUUCUUAACAAGAGUCAGGAGGAAGCAGAGGGGAAAACCACUCCAGCAGAAAGCCAGACUGGAAAAAAUCAAAUUAGAAAUUCUGAAUUGCUGGGAUCAUUGGAAGAGUCAAAUACUGAUUACUUUAGCAACAAAAACAGUCAGUGUCCCUGGAAAAGUGAAGAUGGUACUGCUGAUGUCGGUAGAAGAGAGAACAAUCAGACAGGAAUAAAACAGUGUGCCACACUCCCAGAUCUUAUUGAUUUCCCCUCACUUCCAUGUCGAAAAACUGAUGUAUCUUCAUUACAGAUUGAGAGAGAGAAGAUUAUUGAACAAAUGAAACAAGUGAAGGAAGAAAGAAGAUAUCUGGAAAGAAUCAGAGAAGAACUAAUAAAAAAAGUUGACAGGCUAGUUGAACAAAGCAAAUUGAAGCGAUAUCAUGCCUGUGAGGGUUGGAAGAAAAAAUACUUAGAAACAAAGAAAGUCACAGCAUCACUUGAGGCGGUUUUAACAAAACUUCGAGAAGAUUUGGAACUUUACUAUAAAAAAUUGCUCAUGCAACUUGAAGCUAGGGAAAUCAAGAUGAGACCAAAGAAUUUGGCAAAUAUUACAGACUCCAAGAAUUAUCUUAUAAUCCAGAUAACUGAAGUACAGCAUGCAAUUGAACAACUGAAGAGAAAAUUAGAUACUGACAAAAUGAAACUCAUGAUAGAAGUUAAGAUGAGAAAACAAGCAGUUUCAGAUUUACGCAUAUUGAAAGCAGAACUGGCACAGAAAAAAUUAAUACAACUUUACAAUGUCAAAUAG